AUGGAUGAGCCACUGACGACUCUUAUGACCACGGUCGCUGAUUAUUAUUUUACUGAAACUGGCACCACUGAAGACACAGACUAUGGUUCAGGGCCGACUGAACCCUCAGGCAUGUGCAACAGAGGGUGGGUCCGGGACUUUCGUGGCCGGUACGAACCCCCUCUCUUCGGGAUCAUCUUCAUCCUCGGUGCCUUGGGUAACCUGAUGGUCGUGUGGAUCUACUCCACCGUGCGCAACCGUCUGAAAACCAUGACCGACGUGUACCUGCUGAACCUGGCUGUGGCCGACCUGCUCUUCCUGUGCAUGCUGCCCUUCUGGGCCGUGGACGCCGCCAGGGGCUGGGAGUUCGGCGACGGUUUUUGCAAACUGGUGUCCAGCGUCUACAAGAUCAACUUAUUCAGCAGCAUGUUCCUGCUCACCUGCAUCAGCGUGGACCGCUACAUCGCUAUCGUACAGGUCACCAAGGCCCAGAACCUGAAGAAGAAGAGGCUCUUCUACAGUAAGCUCACCUGCUUGGCUGUCUGGUUCGUCUCCGCUCUCCUGGCCCUCCCGGAGUUCAUAUUUGCUCAGGUGAAGACGGAGCCAGGCGGCAAGUCCUUCUGCCGUCAGAGCUACUGGAACAACACAGACAACCAGACUAAGAUCCUGGUGCUGUCCCUGCAGAUCUGCAUGGGCUUCUGCGUCCCUCUUCUAGUGAUGGUGUUCUGUUACUCCGUCAUCAUACGCACGCUCCUGCAGGCCAAGAGCUUCGAGAAGCACAAGGCCCUGCGCGUCAUCUUCGUUGUGGUGCUUGUGUUCAUCCUCUCCCAGCUGCCGUACAACAGCCUGCUCAUAGUGGAGGCCAGGCAGGCGGCUAACACCACCGACAAUUGCGAAAUGCUCAUUCGUUUAGACGUGGCAGGGCAAGUUGCCAAGAGCCUGGCCUACACGCACGCCUGCCUCAACCCGUUCCUGUACGUCUUCGUUGGAGUCCGCUUCAGACAAGACCUCCUGAGGAUGGUGAAGAUGUGUGCCGGUGGUCUGAGAACAGGAGGGUGGAGUAAAGCAGUUCCCAAACGUCCCUCUGUCAUGUCCGACACUGACACUACCCCGGCUCUGUCCAUAUAG